AUGGACCUGCGGGAGAGAGAAAGACUCAUUUACUCCAUCACGAUUCCUUUAUCCUCCGCUAUCUUCAUGGCCAACCUCCUCAUCAUUAUAGGCAUUGUCUGCAACCGCCAGCUGCACAAUACGCCAAACUAUUUCUUCCUCAGUCUGCUUGUGGCUGAUCUGUGCACUGGAGUUAUUCUACCCUUCUUUCCUCGUAUGGUGCUCAACAGGGACCUGGACUUCAAUGCCUGCCUGCUCGUACAUAUCUUCCCCAACUUUCUCUUCCUCUCCUUUCUCUUCAACCUAGUGAUGGUGCAUUAUGAGCGGUACCUCUGCAUCGUAAGUCCUCUGCACUACAGCCAGUUCUGGGUCCAUCGCUGCUUCCCUCUAGCCCUGCUGACAGUCUGGGUGCCCCCGCUGUUGUACGCCUCCCUCCCUGCCUUUGGCUGGAAUGAGUGGAUGGAACUCCACGGCGACCAGUCAAACCAAAGCUGUAACAGCACGCUACAUCAUUUGGCAGACCCCGAGGAGAACUCUACGGGCCUGUGUCUGUACGAUGAGGCGUGCUCCUACAGAAAGGUCUUUCCCAAAGCCUACAUCUAUCUGGAAGUGUACGGGCUGCUGCUGCCAGCCAUCUUCUCUAUUGUAGGUAUGACGGGACGGGUGCUGUGGAUCGCUCGGAAACAGCUGCGGAACAUCUGUAAGCUUCACCGUGCCGUGGAACGCCAGCAGGUCUCAGAGCGGGAGCAGCAGCUGAACAUGCGCUACGCGAAGUGCGUGGCCGCCGUCUCGCUCACGUUCCUGGUCUGUUGGGUUCCUUAUAUCAUCUACUUGCACGUGUCAGUGGCCCUGCUGUGGCGAGAGGGAACCGGCGACUCCACCAUCCAUAUCAUCCUGUCCUGCACGGGCAUCGGCAGCAUGGCCAUCAUCCCAGUGAUUUUAGGACUGGCCAACAGGCAGUACACUGAGCCUGUCUGUAAACUGGUGACAAAGCUCCGUGAUCGCUGGACAUGCAUGCAAAGCACCAUGGACACAGCACUGUGA